CCCGCCAACGCCCCGCAGGCCCUGCUCAACUCGCGCAUCGUGCACACCAAGUACGGCGACGUCCGCGGCAUCAUCAUGACGCACGAGAACCGCCACCUGGAGCCCGUCGAGGUGUACCGCGGCAUCCCGUACGCCAUGCCCCCCGUGGGGUCGCUGCGGUUCAUGCCGCCCGUGUCGGGGGCGCAGUGGCAGGGGGUGCGGCUGGCCCAGCACUUCCCGCCAGUGUGCCCGCAGCGGCUGCCCGACAUCGCCAACGAGACGGCCGCCCUGCAGCGCAUGCCGCGCGGCCGCCUCGAGGCGCUGCGGAGGCUGCUGCCGCUGCUGGCCAACCAGAGCGAGGACUGCCUCUACCUCAACAUCUACACCCCCGCCGAGGCCGGCCUGCGGGAGAACGUGCGUCUCGCCCCCGUGAUCGUCAUCAUCCACGGCGAGUCCUACGAGUGGAACUCGGGCAACGUGUACGACGGCAGCGUGCUGGCCUCGUACGGCGGCGUCGUCGUCGUCACCGUCAACUACCGCCUCGGCGUCCUCGGCUUCCUGAACGUGAACCCUGACCCGCACGCGCGCAGCCCCGCCAACUACGGCCUCAUGGACCAGAUCGCGGCGCUGCACUGGAUCCAGGAGAACGUGGCGUCCUUCGGCGGCGACCCCGGCAACGUGACCUUGCUGGGCCACGGCACGGGGGCCGCCUGCGUGCACUUCCUCAUGAUGUCCAGCGCCGUGCCUGAUGGCCAGCUGUUCCACCGCGCCAUCCUGAUGUCGGGCUCGGCGCUGGCGCCCGGCGCGCUGGUCCGCGACCCCGGCGCGCAGGCCCGCGCCGUGGCCAAGAUCGUCAACUGCUCGGACGACGUGCCGUCGCGGUUCCUGCUGGCCUGCCUGCGCGAGCGGCCCCUCUCCGUGCUGCUGGCGGCCGUGGAGGCGGCCAACAAGGACUACGCCGCGGACGACGGCCCGGGGGUCAGCGCCUUCGGCGGCGGCGCCCCCGCGGCCUUCGGCCCCUCCGUCGACGGCGUGGUGAUCGAUGCCGGCGACCCCCCUCCCCCCAGCCCAGGUGCCCCGGUGUCGCGCGGCCGAGCCAACGCGUCCAGCUGCAUGGGGCUGGGCCUGGGCGGCGCCGGCCUGGCGGGGCUCACGGCGGACCCCGUGCUGGACCUGGUGCUGCGCAAGGCCGUGGCCGCCAAGCUAUCGCGCUACGCGCUGCUGUGCGGCGUGGUGCGCGCCGAGGCCUUCCUCGCCUUCUCCUCGGCCGACGAGCAGUUCGGCCUGGAGGCCGACCGCCGCACCAGGAUCCUGAGGGACUUCGUCAGGAACACGUACAGGUACCACCGCUCCGAGAUCCUGGCCACGAUCCUGAACGAGUACACGGACUGGGAGCGGCCCGUGCAGCACCCCGUCAACCUCCGCGACGAGACCCUGGAGGCGCUGUCCGACGCGCAGGUCGUGGCGCCCGUCGUGCUCACCGCCGACGUGCACUCGUCCACCGCCUCCAACAAGUCCUUCCUCUACGUGUUCGACUACCAGACCAAGAACGGCGACUACCAGCAGCGCCAAGGCUGCAUCCACGGCGAGGAGAUGGCCUACGUCCUGGGCGCGCCCCUGUCCGCCGGCCUGAGGCACUCGCACCUCCCCAGGAACUUCACCAAGUCCGAGGCCAUGCUGUCCGAGGCCACCAUGAACUACUGGAUCAACUUCGCCCGGACGGGGACGCCGAACGACCCGGUGGAGCCGGCGAGAGGGGGCCGCCACCGCAGCCUGGAGUGGCCGCCGUACGAGAGCAUGCACAACAAGUACAUCGUGCUGGAGCCCAAGCCGCGGAUCAAGAGCCACUACCGCGCGCACCGCCUGUCGUUCUGGCUGCACCUGGUGCCCGAGCUCCACCGGCCCGGCGGCGACCUGGUGCCCAUCGGACACCACCAGCUGCCCGGCGACCCGCCCGCCGUGGCCGGCGACGACAGCGGCUUCGCGGCCUACUCCACGGCGCUGUCCGCCACCGUGGCCAUCGGCUGCUCGCUGCUGCUGCUCAACGUGCUGGUCUUCGCCUGCGUCUACCACCAGCGGGAGAAGCCGCACCAGAACUGCAGCGUGGCGGAGAGCAGCAACAACUCGUCGUUCCGCGGCAGCUCGUCGGGGAGCAGCGCGCUGCCCUCGUCCCUGCGCAACAAGAAGCGCCCCGUGGAGAACGGCGGCCCGCACGGCAUGUGCAAGGCGGGCGAGCACCUGCAGUCCUGCGUGUCUGGCGGCGGCGCGGCGCUCAAGACGUACAUGGGCGAGGGGCACGCCGUGAUGCACCGGCCGCACUUCCACAUGCACUGCGGCCCGCCGGGCUGUAGCGUGCUGCCUCCACUGGCGCACCAGGUGGCGCACUCGCACUCGCUGCACCAGCUGCCGCCGCCCGAAUUCGACGACAUGCCCCAGCAGAGCUUCAUCCUGCACGCGUCGGCGUUCGGCGGGUCGGCCACGCUGCCGCGGCCGCCGCCGCCGCCCAAGGCGUGCAAGCCGCCGCUGUCGCUGGAGGUGGGCGAGGAGCAGCCACUGCUGUCCGCCUCGGCGCACAACCUGCACGCGCUCGCCAACAAGAAGUCCACGCCCGACGUGGCGAGCGGCAUCCGGGCCGGCUGCUCCGGCAUGUCGUCGUCCGUGGUGGGCGUGGGGCCCGGCGCCCUGGGCACCAUCCGCAGGAAGGGCCAACCUGGCCGGCCCUACUGCCCGUCCCAGAUGGAGGAGCUGCGCGUGUGA